AUGGCGCUGGUCAGGCUCCUGGCGCUUCUUUUUGCUUCACUUACCUCUGUCCUCCACAGCCUGCCCUGGUCUAUAGAUAUCUCUGAGAGCCAAGGUCCUGGCACUGCCCUUCCAUCUUUGCCCUUCAACUGUUCCUCCUACAUGGCCACCUUGGAGUUACUCAGUGUGAGACCCCCCACCAGCUUCUUCAACAAACCCAGCCUGCACAGGAGUGAUAAGGAAAUCUACCUGGGAAAGGUGACCUUGAGCCCCUCUGCUCGGCUGGAUGCCCUUGCAGUGAACCGCUAUGAACUUCAGCUGCAGUUCACAUGUGGUAACUCUGUGUUGGCGGGACCACUCUUUGUUCAUGUGCUGCGGGACUCUGGUCGUAUCCGGUGUGCUGGUCCAUUUGCCAGCCCAGCUGGGGAAUUCAUCCAUGUGCCAGAGACAGUCACACCUGGGGCCGUGCUCUAUACUGUGCUGCUGCCAGGCCUCAGAGUCCAGAGAGCCCAGAUGAAUAUUACGAGUGCCCAAGACCCUUCCCUCUUCCCUGGGUCUUUCUCCAUCGAUGAUCAGGGAUUACUGCGGGCACCAUCCCAGGGCCUCAGAGGCCAGGCUCCAAAGACCUUCCAGCUGCAGAUUUUAGUGUCCGUAGGAAAAGGUCAAAGCUGCAAUGGGAUGUUGACAGUAAAGGUGUUGCCUGUGCCCUCCAGCCAAGUCUCCUUCCCACAGAAGGCCCAGAGUAUCACCAUCCUAGAGGAUCUGGUCCCUGGGAGCAAGGUGAUUCAGGUCCAGGCUAGGGGACUCAACUUACUCUAUGAAAUCAUCUCCCCACUACCCAGCCCACUCUUCUCCAUUGGACAAGCUGACGGAAUAGUGCGGACUACUGCGCCCCUGGAUUUGGUCCGCGCUCAGGGCGCCUCAGUCACGAAACUGCAGGUGAGGGCCUUUGAGAGGCUCCAACCUUGGAUCAGUGCCGAGUUCGAUCUCACGGUUAACGUGCGGGCGGUCAACCAGUGGGCCCCACGCUGCCAUCCAGCGCUACUGGUGACUCAAAUCCCAGAGACUGCACCCGUGGGUACUGUGCUGCACACGCUCACUUGUGUUGACCCAGACUCUGCAGGCGACCCCCUCGACUACCAGCUUCAGUUCCAUAACCCUCCCCACUCUGCCAGCCUCCAUCUUCGUGACAGAGUCCUUGAGGUGAAUACUACAUUGGACUGUGACACUCCUGGGGCUUGCUUCCAGCAUGCAGCUUCCAUCUUGGUGUUCGAUAAUGGUCAGCCCCAGAUGACCACGGAGGUUCCGGUCCUGGUGACGGUAACACCCGUCAACGAGUUCUCCCCAGCCUGUGUUCCACGCACGUUCCGGGUUCAGGAGAAUGCAGGGCCCUACACUCUGUUGGGCUCCAUAGUGGGCACGGAUAUGGAUUACCCUCGUAACAGCCUUGAGUACUACAUCUCUGGCGGACCCUCCACCUUUGCUGUGGAUCGUCUCAGUGGAGAGCUUCACCUCCUGGGGCCUUUGGACUAUGAGCAGCAGAGGCUGUAUAGGAUCAGUAUUCUGCUGAUGGAUCACAGCCAAGACUGGGACCUCAACCGCCGUCGCUCAGGUUCAUGUGCUGUAACCAUUGAGGUUGAGGAUGUGAAUGACCAUGCCCCCGAGUGUGAGCCUCCAUUUCAGGAACUGACUCUCUACACUCCCCUGGGUCGUAGCAUGGAGGUGACCAAGAUGUCAUGCUGGAUUCCUCAGGAGCCACAGCGCUCAGCGCUCUCCUACAGCAUCGUGGGAGGGAAUAGCCAGAGCCGAUUUAGACUGCAGGGGACCAUCCUGAUGCACAAUGACACUGUAUUGGGGCCACCAUGGCCAGAGCAGCCCAGCACCUAUGAGCUACUGAUCCGUGUGGCUGAUGUGGGCCCUUCCAGCCCCCACCUCAGCACCACAGCCACUAUCAUUGUGCAUCUAGUUCCUUGGAGGGCCAGCACAGUGGCCACCAGCACCCACAGAAGCACAGUGUCCUCAACAAUGACACCCCUGAUUGUGACAGAGGUAGAGGCUUUCUGGAAGCCAGAGCCUUGGUUUGUGGUAGUGCUGACAGCAACUGGUGCAGUUUUCCUCCUGGCUCUGGGCUGGCUCCUCAGCAGGAUCCUCCGGGGGUUUGCCCAGUCACUACAGGCUCCAAACAAACCAGCCAGAGCUCUGCUGCUAAACAGCAUCCAGGGAAAUGAAGGCUCCACUGGGAGGCUCAUGGAGGCAUCAAGAAUGGAAAUGUCUCAGGUACCCAGAACUCCCAUGAGUCUGCAGCAUUUGGAUGGCAGAGCACACGAUGUCCGCACAGGGAGAGAUUACCUGUUCAGCAUGCGCACCGGAGCCCGGCGUUGGCUCUGA